UCGCGCGGGACGGGCGGGUUCCAGCGCGGCCGCGUGGUGCACGGCAUGCUCGUUGCCUCCCUCUCCCCCGCCCUCAUCGCCUCCCACUUCCCUGGAGCCGUGUACGCGAGCCAGUCCCUCAAGUUCGCGGCGCCGGUGCACGUCGGAGACGAGGUGGUCGCGCAGGUGCAGGCGCUCCACAUCAAGGCCACCGGCGCAAGGCACAUCGUCAAGUUCGCCACCAAGUGCUUCAUGGACGAUGAGGAGACUCUCGCCAUCGAUGGCGAGGCCAUGGCUUUUCUGCCGACACUGCAGCUCAGCGCGGAGGCAAUCGAGUGACAAGUAUGUUCAUUAGAACCAUUUGGAAUAGGACGAAUUUUAUCUCAUGACGAAACAUGUCGCCUUCGCAUAAGCUCCGGGCCUAGGGGACAUGAGAUUGCAGCUUUGUUGGUAAUACUUCGUUGCAGCCUUCCUGUUAUGAUUAACAGCAUGAGCAAAGAGUAGUAGAUCACUUCAGUUUUCUGAACAUUCAAUUGGUUGGGUGUUCAUGCUGACUGUGGUAGGAACUGAAGAAUUUCAACAGAAUAAUUUGAACCACUAGGCAUAUUCAGUGGAUCACUUCA